CGACGUUUCUCGUCUUGGCCGUUGGCUGCAUCGAGAGACGCCAGAACUUUGUCUAGAAACCGCUUGCGACUUCAACUCGACUCGAGCGUGGACUCGACUGACCCCGGCCAAUUCGAGACUGUCGGUCGCUUGCUGAGGUUAGCCGAACAGAGCGAUGGCGACGUACGUGGCGGCGGAAGUGCCGACACCCGAGCCCAAGACGCAGACACACGCUGACGAACAUGAUGCAGAGUCUCAACCGUUCGACCGUGGAGACGACCAGGACGACGCUGAUGGGAUGCUGCUGCACCUGAUCCGCACCAUUGCGCUGUUCCUGUUCGUGUUCCUCUCGCAGACGGCCAAGUUGGCGGUGACGGACGCGGAACUCGCGGUGUUUGCAGCGGAUGCGGCCACGCCGGACUUGCUGGAUGCACAGACCAAGGAGCUGCAGCGACGACUGCACGCGGCGCUCAUCGCGUGGGUGCAGAGCGAGGUGAGCAGCAACCAGUUUGACGGACUGCUACAGGAGCAGGGGGCGUUCGUGGUGAUCAAGAGACUCUUUCGACAGCAGCGCGCCAAGGCGGCUGCGCAGUGCCGCGUGCUGGCAGCGCUCUUAAGCUCGUACUUGUCGCGACUGGAGACCCCGUUGGUGCGCUGCGAGCCCAGCAGCAUGCUGUCUUCAACGUUGGAAUACUUGCUCGCGAAGGAAAAGGAUGCGAAAGACAAGGAACCCGUGCCUCUGCCGAUGUUGUACCCACUCGUGAAUGCUGUGGACCUGGUGAGCAUCGAACAACGCGAAUGCCUCGAUGCGCUUAUGAACCUGCUACGAUGGCUUACGGCACACGAUCAA